AGCUUUUUGCUUCUUGACUCAACUCAUCUCAGAAGCUUUGCCACCUUUUUCUUGAUAUUUCAGGGAUAGUGAUAUUGUGUUUUAGAAGAAAUUGAGAACUGAGAAGUUAAGCGACAUAGCCCUCCCUUCCCUCUGCACUGUGCCGGUCCUCUUUCCCCCCCCCCGCCUCCCUCUCUCUACAUAUCCUCCGUCUGGUCUUAGCUGUGGGGAUGAAUGCAGACGGAGACAGAUGGUACAGUAUAGUUAGUGUACUAGGAACUGAGGGUGAAGGAAAGAGUUCUGUGUCUCGCUGGACUGGACUAGGCUGAGAGAGGAGAGUGCUACCUGGUCAUGGGAUGCUGUAGUGUGACUCAGAGAGGAGCGCAUUCCGGGAUUGACGAUGUGGGCCCUGACGAGAUCGAGCUCCUGGAGAUUGACAACUCAGGGAUAUGGAGUCUAGGAGAGAGCAGGCUUCAGCUCUCCGUGAGGAAUGGAAACGAUGGUCCACCCUCUCGCUACCCUUCAGUGAGACACCUCAACCAGGAGGUUGUGCUAUGGGGCAGGAGCAGAGAGGAGCUACACCACAGAAUCUACAACCAGCCCAUCCGUGACUGGGAGGGCCAACCUACACACAUGUAUGGAGAGAUAGUACACUCCUCCCUGGUGUCUCUCCACAACAGCUACACACAGGAGACACGUGAACACUAUCUGGUGCUGUUCUCCUUCCACUUGUUGAUCCUAUCUCUGGACCACUCUCACCAUGAUUUUAUCUAUGAGGGCAUGCUGCCUCUCUCUGGACUGUCUUUCCAAGCCACUUCACUAGCCUCCAACUCGCAAACCAUGUUCCAGAUCAGUGGUCCAAUGGUGGACUCCAAAGUAUUCACCUGUGCCAGUGCAGCAGAGAUGAACAAAUGGAUACACCACAUGGAGGAGAGGAAAUACAAAUCCAUGAGCCAACUGCUAAGCCCCUCCCACUGUGCACUGUCUUACCUGGUACCCUGCGAUGAGAUCUGGAAGAAAGAGGAACUGAAAACGUAUUUACUGCAAGCCCCAAUUCAGCAGUGGGAAGGGGCCCCCAUCCAGCACAUGGGCCAGCCUGUAUACAUAUCCAUGGUCCACAUCAUCAACACACAGAGACAGGGACUCCAUCAGCAACUUCUAGUACUCUUCCCUCAAGAUGUCCUCCUGCUCUCUGUGGAUAACAAGAGCCUCAGUGUCAUAUAUGAGGGUAGAUUGCCUCGGAAAAGCAUCACAGCCGUGGAGAGGUCAGCAUUACCUGGGAGGCUGGAGUUCGAGUUAGCAGGUGAACUGAUUGAGCCGCUGCAGGUAUCUUGCACCUGUCCUGAAGAAUAUCAGAACUGGAUCUUCCAGCUACAACAGAAAAAAAAGAAAAUGAGAGACAAGUCCCAAAAAGUAGUUGCAGAACAACUCAGUAGUGUUUAUUUCUUUUCUCAAUAGCCGGAAAAAAAACUCCAAGCUACCUCAAACCACCCGGCUCCACCUCUCAUACCAAAAAAACAAAGGAGCAGAAAGGAGUCCCAGGAACAAAUGAUAAUUGCACAUUAAUGAGACUAACUGACCAAUGGCCUCACAAUAUAGAAGACUCAUGCCUCUUUUCAUUAAUAGACACUAUUUGUAGAAAGUAUUCAUUCCCCUUGACUUAUUCCACAUUUUGUUGUGUUAAAGCCUGAAUUCAAAGUUGAUUAAACUUAUAUUUUUUUCUCACCAAUCUACAUAAAAUAGCUCAUAAUUGUGUGAAAACAUGUUUUUCGAAAUGUUUGCAAAUUUACUGGAAAUGAAAUACAGAAAUAUCUAAUUUACAUAAGCAUUCACAUAAGCAUAAGCAUUCACACCCCUGAGUCAAUACAUGUUGGAAUCACC